UAGCGGGCAGAGGUCUCUGGUGCAGAAAGUUUUAGUAGACCGCAGACAUGCUCCGGUUUCUCGUGUUGACCUCUCUCGCAGCCUUCGCGCUGGCGGAGCUGACCCCCGAGCCCAGGUACCUGGAGGACGACGGCGUCGAGGGGAGAGUAGUGGGUGGACAGGUGGCCCAGCCCAACUCUUGGCCCUGGCAGAUCUCUCUUCAGUACCAAUCUGGCAGCAGCUUCUACCACACUUGUGGAGGAAGCCUGAUCAGGAGAGGAUGGGUCAUGACCGCUGCUCACUGCGUGGACAGUCGCAGGACCUGGCGCGUCGUUCUUGGAGAUCACAACAUCAACUCCAACGAGGGAAGAGAGCAGUACAUGAGCGUCAGCAGUGUCUACAUCCACCCCAACUGGAACUCCAACAACGUCGCUGGAGGGUGGGACAUCGCUCUACUCCGUCUGUCCUCCGAGGCCUCCCUCAACAACUACGUCCAGCUCGCCGCUCUGCCCCCCUCCGGUCAGGUACUGCCCAACAACAACCCCUGCUACAUCAGCGGCUGGGGUCGCACCCAGACUGGCGGUCAGCUGUCGGCCCAGCUGAAGCAGGCCUCGCUGCCCGUUGUCGACCACAGGACCUGCUCCAGCAGCGGAUGGUGGGGCAGCACCGUGAAGGACUCCAUGGUCUGCGCCGGCGGCGGCAGUGAGUCGGGUUGCCAGGGCGACUCCGGUGGCCCCCUGAACUGCAGUGUCAACGGACAGUGGGUGGUCCACGGUGUGACCAGCUUUGUGUCUUCCAGCGGCUGCAACGCCUACCGGAAGCCCACCGUCUUCACCCGUGUCUCCGCCUACAACAGCUGGAUGAACAGCAUCAUGGGUUGAGAAGAAAGGUGUAUCUCCAUGGAGACAGGAACACACUCUGGAUUCUACUCAGUUUUUCCAUUAACCAUCAGAAUAAAAUGUCCCUGUUCAUUA